AUGUCUUUGAAACAAAUUUUCAAGUUUUUUAAAACUUCAGCUCCUUCUCUUUCCUAUUCUCGAUGCAUAUUUUGCACAUCUGAAACAUUGAAAAAUUCCAACAAUGGCAAACGCCCCCCCAGAGUAAACAGGCCUCUUUUAGAUGCAAAUAAAGUUUUCCAGUUCAAUAACUGGGAUAAUGUUGACUGGGAUGAGGAGAUGGAGUCGGAUGCUCGUAAGAAAGUCGAAGCCAAUUCAACCAUUAAAUUAUCUUCAGAUGAACAAGAGAAGUAUGAAAAGGAUGCGAAUAAAUAUUGGGAUGCCUUCUACUCGCAACAUCAGAAUAGAUUCUUUAAAGACAGAAAUUGGCUCUUCACUGAAUUUGCCGAAUUGGCUUCCCACCGAAAUAGUAGCAGUGAUUCAGCUGAUCCAGAGACAACCAGCAAUGAGACAUAUCCAGGUGAGAAAGCCAGCACUCGAAUAUUUGAGGUGGGGUGUGGGGUCGGAAACACGAUAUUUCCACUGCUGGAAGCCAACAAUGAUCCACAUUUGUUCGUUUAUGGUUGCGACCUCUCAGCUACUGCAAUCCAGAUCGUCAAGGAGCACUCGUCGUACGAUCCGAACAGGUGCCACGCAUUCGUCGCUGACAUCUCCGACCAACAAACUCAACUACCCUUUCCUCCAGCCAGUUUGGAUUUUAUCAUCCUUAUUUUUGUCCUCUCUGCUAUCAAACCUGACAAGAUGCUUGAUACCAUCAGACGCUUGUCAGCGUACUUGAAACCAGGUGGCAUGGUGUUGUUUCGAGAUUAUGGAAGGUACGAUAUGGCUCAACUGAGGAUCAAGAAAGGCAAAUGUUUGGAAGACAACUUCUACAUAAGAGGAGACGGCACAAGAGUUUAUUUCUUCAAGCAAGACGAAUUGCGCGAAUUGUUCGUGAAAGCCGGCCUGGCAGAGGAGCAAUGUUACGUAGACAGGAGGUUGCAGGUUAACAGGGGCAGGCAGUUGAAGAUGUUCAGAGUUUGGAUCCAGUGCAAAUAUCGACUCAAUCCUACAACUCUACCUCGAUCAAUUGAUAAUGUUCAUGGCUCGAAAUGAGAUUGACUUUGGAAAUUAAUGUAUAUAGUACUCCGUAAUAUACAGGAUUUUGUCUAGAAAUUAAUGUUUUAAUUGAUUCUUUCAAAUGAUGUGGUCGAUAAUAAAUAAUCGUUAUGAAGCUAUCGAAUCUUUUCAUAAUGUCACAUAAGUUGAAACUGGU